CUGCCGGCCUGGACACGGCCCGGGAAGGGCCCGACAGAAACUUCCGUUUGAGCGAGCACCGCCAGGCCCUGGCCGCCUCCAAGCACCGAGGCCCCGCGCCGCCCCCGGGGAGCCCGGAGCCCAGCCCCGGUCCGUGGGGCGAGGAGCACUUGGCGGAGAGGAGCCCCCGGAGCUGGGAGAGGGGCGGCGACCGCAACGACCCUCCUGGCGCGGACACUGCGCGGCGGCCUGACCCGGGGGCGGAGGCGCCCCCAGCGCGGAGCAGCGAGCCAGCUCAGAGCUGCGCAGCCGAGACCGUGGUGGUCUCCAGGCCGGAUCCCAGAGACGAGAAGCUAGCUCUGUACCUGGCGGAGGUGGAGAAGCAGGACAAGUACUUGCGACAGAGGAACAAGUACCGGUUCCACAUCAUUCCCGACGGCAAUUGCCUCUACCGAGCUGUCAGCAAGACCGUGUACGGGGACCAGAGCCUGCACCGGGAGCUGAGGGAGCAGACGGUGCACUACAUCGCGGAUCAUCUCGACCACUUCAGCCCGCUGAUUGAGGGCGACGUGGGGGAGUUUAUCAUUGCUGCUGCCCAAGACGGGGCGUGGGCCGGGUACCCAGAAUUACUGGCCAUGGGGCAGAUGCUGAAUGUGAAUAUACACUUAACUACUGGAGGGAGGUUGGAGAGUCCCACGGUGUCUACCAUGAUUCAUUAUUUGGGCCCAGAGGAUUCCUUAAGGCCUAGUAUUUGGCUGAGUUGGCUCAGCAAUGGACACUAUGAUGCGGUAUUUGAUCACUCCUAUCCCAACCCAGAGUAUGACAACUGGUGCAAACAAACUCAAGUGCAAAGAAAACGCGAUGAAGAACUUGCCAAAUCCAUGGCCAUAUCCCUAUCCAAAAUGUAUAUUGAACAAAAUGCAUGCUCUUGAAAUGUCUGGAAACCAUACACCCUGGGAAAUUGCGUACAAAAAUCAUGUUUGGAGAAUCAAACUCUCAUCAGGGUAAUAGCACUUUUAAACUUCCUAGUAUAUUUACUGUAGGUGUAAUGCCUUAAUCAUUUUUUUGAAUGUUUCUCUCAGAGCUGAAGGUUGCUGGGCACCUAAAUGAUGUUUCAUGAUAGCUUUGGGUGAUCCUACUGCUAUUUAUAAUUUGCUGUAAAAAAAUGAGCACUACUUAAUUUGCAAGCUGAUUUCUCAGUGUAAAUUUGUUCAUUCCUGGUAGUCUAUUUUCUAUAAAAAUGUAUUUUUGCACAACAUUUUAAAAAAUUGGUGUACCUUCAUCAAUGGUGUGUUCCAUUUUGACAACUUUCAGGCAUAAAUCCAGAGAAGUGCUUUAUAUGAAGUUUAUUAUUUUGAACAGAGUUUGCUAUUUAGUAGCUGUGUUGUUGAAAUUUGAAUUUCAUAAUUCUUAGAUAAUUAUUUCAAGUAGAUAUUAAUGGAUUUGUGUUAUUAGAUGAUUGGCCCAUUCCAUUUUGAUGAAACACAUUUGUUUUGGAAAUUGUUAUUUUUUAUAGAAAUAGUCACUCUCUUAAAGAGAAAUGUUAAGGGAAAGUAGUGGACUAUUUUUUUUUUUCCUUUCUUUUCUUUUUUUAAAGGAGAUAGUACCAGGUCUUACUUGAAUGAAAGUGAUAUUUGCUGAUGGCAGUGAUUGUACUGAACUCUCGUUGAUGUAUAAGUAG